CUCUGCCUCUCCUCCUUACUCUUAACAGCUUGCCUGCUCUGUUAAGCUGCUUGCACAUCUGUCGAAGAAAUGAAUGUGUUGGGCACCACUGUGGUUCUGGUACUGCUGGCUGGGGUAUGGGCUCAGGUGAAUGUGGUGCGGCCUCAGUGUGACUCCCCAGAGGCAGAAGAGGCUGCUCUGGUUGCUCAGGAUUACCUCAAUAGCCAGCACACUCAUGGCUACAAGUACGCACUGAACAGGAUCGAGGACAUCAAGAUCUUAACUAAGCCUGAUGGAGACGAUACAUACGUCCUGGAAGUUGACUUACUGGAGACAGACUGUCAUGUAUUGGACCCCACACCUGUUACCAACUGCACAGUCAGACCCAAAAUACUUACGGCAGUAGAAGGAGACUGUGAUGUGGUGCUGAAGAAGGUUGGCGGAGCUCUGACUGUCACAGCAUUCAAGUGUAAAACAGAAGAAUCAACAGAGGACCUGUGCUUGGGCUGUCGUACCCUACUUCCCCUAAAUGACACUGCAGCACUGGGCUUUGUCCAUGCCUCUCUGGCAACCGUCAACAACAGGACAGAGAAUGUAACGUACACUGUUCUGGAGGUUGGAAGAAUGUCAUCACAGGUUGUGUCUGGUGGGCCAAUCUAUUUCGCAGAAUAUGUUGUAAUUGAAGCUAAUUGCACUGAUGAUGCCUGCUUGCCCCUGAGUGAUGCCAUGGCUGCACGUGGUAUUUGUUCCGCAAAAGGUUUGAAUGCUGAUCAUACAGUGGACUGCAAAAUGUUCACCACUCUGAUGCCCGUUGUAGAUGCCAACAGCACUGCAGCUCCUGCAUUGCCACCAGUGAUCCAUGUACAUACUGACAGCCUGUCACACAAGCAUGGUCUCAGACACCACAAACUGACAACUAUCCAUGACCCUCACUUAAGCGGCCUUCUGUCAGCAGAAUCAGCAGAGUCAGCUGAAGCUGUACCUGUAGUCCCUGCAGUGUUUACUGCUACAGCUGCAGCUCCUACUCCAGCUGUUGACAGUGCACCAGCUUCUGAUGCCUCAAACAGUGCUGAGGUCCCUGUUGCUGUGGUCAAGAGAGAUGUACCUGCUGCACCUGCCCCUGUGAUAGUUGACACAACUGUGAUUCAAACAGGCCCUGUUCCCCUUGUGCCAGUGUGCCCAGGAAGAGUCAGAUUCUUCUAAGUGUUCCUGUCCUGCACUCUAUAUGUUCUUCACUCAGCUACACUGGUGAUGGUGAUUUUUGACUAACUGAUAAAUGAACACAUCCUGUAAUAGGUAGACUCUAAUACACACCCUACAAAGAAGGAAUGAUCCCUUUUGAAAUCACAGAAGAGCAGUAUGCAUUGCAAAACAACUCUGUAAAAUGUAUGGUUGUAUGUAGAAAUUUGCAAAUGAUGCCACUGAAUAAAUAUCUCAAGUCAAA